AUGGCCGGUAAAGGCAAAGGUAAGAAAAAGGAAAAGAAAUCAAAAGAAGAGGGUGGGGAAAAGAAGAAAGGUAAGAAGAGUGGAGGGAGACUGAAGAAAGGAAAGUCUAAAGGGAGAUGUAAUGUUGACAUGCUGACAGACGCAGCAAUGGACAAUGUGUACUACGCAUGUCAUAAUGUACAGGAAUUACUGCAGGCAAGAGGUUUCUUCCCACCUGACUUUAAUAAAAAGAAGAAGAAGGGAAAACGUUAA